CAGUUGUUCUUGCGCUUGCGUUCAAAAUGGCCGCGUUCGACAUUUGUUUAUUUCUGUGUUUAUUCACGGCAGCGCGCGCGGCGACUGUGCCGACGUACGAAAUGAACGACGGGCGGCAAAUACCGGCGGUGGCGUUGGGCACGUACCUUGGAUUUGAUAAGAACGGUGCAGUAAAAUCCCAAGACAACCUACUCAGGGAUGUGAUCCUGCAGGCCAUAGACGUGGGCUACCGACACUUCGACACCGCCUCCAUCUACAGCACGGAGCAGGAGAUCGGGCAGGCGGUCAGGAUGAAGGUGGAGGAGGGCACUGUCACCAGAGAGGAGAUCUUUAUUACCAGCAAGCUAUGGAACACACAGCACAGAAGAGAAGAAGUAGUGAAGGCGGUGAGGGACUCUUUGACCAAGUUCGGACUGGACUACAUAGAUCUCUACCUCAUGCACUGGCCUAUUGGACUAAAUGAAGACUACUCGUAUUCCGACGUGGACUAUUUGGACACCUGGCGUGGGAUGGAAGACGCCCAGCAGCUGGGGCUUGUGAGGUCCAUCGGGCUCUCCAACUUCAACAGGAAGCAGCUGGAAAGGGUCAUCAAAGAGGGCAGUGUUAAGCCAGCUGUGUUACAAAUAGAGAUUCACCCACAACUCAUCCAAACCUCGCUGGUGAACUACGCGCAGUCGCAAGGCGUGGUGGUGAUGGGUUUCAGCCCCUUCGGCUCGCUGGUGAAGAGGUUCGGGGUCGACUUCCCCGGCCCCAAGCUUGACGACCCCACGCUGAGCGCCAUUGCGAAGAAGUACGGCAAGACAACCCCGCAAGUCGUUUUGAGAUGGAUCGUGGAAAGAAACAUUAUACCGAUACCAAAGACUGUGAAGUACUCCCGUCUCAAGGAGAACAUUAACAUUUUCGAUUUUGAGCUGAACGAAGAAGAAAUGCAGAAAAUAAACGAAUUCGACGAUGAAACUCGCUACACCUUACCUUCGUUCUGGCAAUCACAUCCAUAUUAUCCUUUCGAUAAGAUCGAUAAUCCUGUGCGAAAUCCUUUUGCUAGAUCAUAGACAAAGUACCAUAGAUAACAAUUUAUCACAGGAUAUGUAUUUUCAUAAACUACACUUCUUCUCUACUAGAGCUACAUAAAUUGAAGAAUUCAAACUAAACCCCUUCAUCAGUGUUUGUACCCGACUGCAUUAUAUUUAUAUUUACAUAACUUUCAAGUUUCAACUAAUUCAUCAUCAUCAUCAUGUCAGCCGAUGGACGUCCACUGCAGGACAUUGGUCUUUUGUUGGGACUUCCAAACAUCACGAUCCUGAGCCGCCUGCAUCCAGCGGAUCCCUGGGACUCGCUUGAUGUCCUCGUUAGUCCACCUGGUAGAAAACACAGCGGUCUCUUCGACUAACAUCCGUACAUAACAUCUAUGCGGGGUCGCCAUUCCAGCACCUAGGGAUACCAACGUCCAACAGUUCUUCGAACUGUUGGACCCCACCAAUGGAAUGUGCCCCACCCAUUGCCACUUCGGUUUUGCAACUCGUUGAGCUAUAUUGGUGACUUUGGUUCUUCUGUGGAUCUCGUCAUUUCCAAUACGAUCACGAGAUACUCUGAGUAACCUUCGUACUAGGUUCCUUCAUUGUUAGUUGUAGAUAAUAGGUAGUGCAAACCACUAUAACCGAUAAAAAUGCAGGCAUUUGUCUAUAGCAGGUAUACUGUACAUAAAGAUAUUAAUAUAUUUUAAAAUAAGUUUAUAUUAUUAUGAUUAUACAUUAUCGGUAAUGACUAAAUUCCCAGUGAUCCAUAAAAGGUAUGCAGUACUUAUAAAGAGUCAAGACUGAUUGUAUGUAACAUGUAAUUAAUUAAAUAAAUUAUGGAGGAAGAUUCCAAAAUAAAUAAUUAUUCUUUUA